AUGGCGUUCUGUGCCGGAAGAGAGGCCAAGGACUGGCAGGACGACGGCUGGGAGGCCGAGGUGGACGAGAUUGAGCAGGAGGACGCACUUUUCGGUAGUAUAGACGAAGACGAGCUGGAAGGAGUCGAGCAGGACGCGUUAAUGACCGGUUUGUUCUCGAUGGAGCGCGAUGCGAUAGAGCUAGACUUGGUGGAGAGGCUCUCGUGGGACGCCGCUAGUGAGGCCUCUAGCGACGAAGAAGAGGGCACGUCACCGCUCAUGCUACCGACUCCUCUUGAUACUACAGGAGAGGCGCAGUGGAAUCUCAUCUCGCCGUGCUCCGAGACCACAUCACCUCGCCCUUCAACGACCGCGACGCUGUCUCCAUUGACACGAGUGUCAAUCUCGUCUCCUGUGCGCCAGUUGCGAUUCUUUGAACCUGAGCACGAGCCUACAGAUGAAAAGAUUAAAGCAGCGAUCGAAGAAGAGGAAGAAGAGGAGGAGGAGGUGGCCCCCUUCGACCCUGAGACGUGCUGGACCGCCGACACAAACAGUGUGUUGUCAUCUCCAGUAGCUAAAGCAAAUCCGUUCCCUACCUACGAACCGGAGUCUACAGAGACAAACUAUAUGCUCGAUAACGACAUCAUCAGUGACAGCGACGAGGAGGAAGAUCAACAGACUGCAGCGUCAUCACUUCGACCGAGUCUUCUUCCUAGAGUACCAUCGAUCGCGCAGUGGAGACGACAGAAAGCUCGAACCUGUUCAGGAGCAGGGUCUGCAGGGAUGCCGAGUGCGCUGUCACUUGCUACAUUCAAAGCCCGUACGCGCUCAUUAUCUCAAUCCCGGAAUCAGAACGAAGAUGAAGAUGAUGGAGACUUCUCCAGUGAUGACGAGGGCUACACACCAGAGCUGCAUCGUCGUCGUGCGUCUGAGACUGAGCCUGUUGGUGCGAGUCAAUGGCGACGAUCAAGACAUACGGGCAUGAACUUUACGAAUCAUCGACUGAGCGUGAGUGUGAGUAUGAAUCCAGCCAUGAUGACCAGGCGGUUGCAGGAGGCGAAGAGCAAGUUGAACAGCGGAUUGCACCUGCUGCGAUCAGGCUCGACUGCGUCCACAGUUACGAGUGAGGAGAGCUAUCUGGACAGUCCUGCAUGUGAAGAGAUCAAGAGCGCCCCUGCUGGAAUCUAUCGAGAACCCAGCAUCUUCUCCGACGCUGCAACAUCCACAAGUCUUAUUAGCGCUGCCAGCGCGUACAGUGUCGAGGCUGACACGAACAAGCACCAUCCUACUCGUCAGCAACAACUGCGUGCAGGAGUCUUCAAAGCUGCUGGGCUCUUCAAUGCCGCGUCCGCUGAGGCUGCGCGCAAACUCAAGUCACGUGGCUUCCGUGCACCACACUUACCUAGACAAAAAGCCGCCAGCGAGACGGAAGAAGAGGAUCCCGAGUUGUCAACGUCGUGUCCAGGUGCUUCUCCUGUUCCCGUUCAAGCAAAGACAAAGAUAUAA